CCACUGGCAUUUCAGCCGUGUCAUCACAGUAGUGAGAGGGGGGGGGGAUCAGUGAGACUGAGGGGGCUGCCUGCAGUCUACUUUUGUGGGUUCACUCUCUCUGUCCUUGGCCCCAGCCCUCCACGCCUCACUACUCUCCCUGACUCUGCCCAAGUCUAGUCCUACGACCCCACCAUGGCCGACCAGUACCAGUACAACACCAACGAGGAGAAGAUUGUGAAGGACAGCCACACCAAGGAGAUUGAUCUGAUCAACAGAGACCCCAAAUUGAUAAAUGAGGAUGUGAUCAAGGUGGAGUUUGAGGAUGUGAUCGCAGAGCCCGACGGCACACACAGUCUGGAUGGGGUGUGGAAGCUCAGCUACACCACCUUCACCGUGUCCAAGUACUGGUGCUAUCGCAUCCUCUCAGCCAUCUUCGGCAUCCCUAUGGCUCUGCUCUGGGGCUUCCUCUUCGCCUGCAUCUCAUUCUGUCACAUCUGGGCUGUGGUACCCUGUAUCAAGAGCUGCCUGAUCGAGUCCCAGUGCAUCAGUCGCAUCUACUCCCUCUGCAUCCAGACCUUCUGUGACCCCUUCUUUGAAGCCCUGGGCAAGAUCUUCAGCAGUGUGAAAGUGGCCCUGCGCAAAGAGGUCUAGACACUCACACCACUGCAGUGUUUACACAUGUUUGGAUGAAACGCUACACCCUUUUUAUCCGCCAGACCAGAUGACCAGUCCUGGUGUCCUCAUAUUUCCCAAGACACCCCCCCCCGCUACCCUUACCCAGCCCAAAGCCCAGGGCCUCCCCCGUCUCAGCCCUUUGAGUCCUGACAUGCACAGAGAGACCAGUGCCACAAGAGGCUCUGUGACAGCUGCAGCAUGGUUGGGUGACAGCUCUGGCUCUGUUGGAAGGCAGAGAGCUGUCUGUUCAUUGAGGGAAUAUAGGGCUGGCAGCCAUGGCAUGGGCAGGACUUGUGUCCCAGAGUGAAUGUAUUUUGCGAUGCUGAGGAAAGUGGCUCCUCGGUCACAUGACAUAAACACCCCAGUGACACUAACGGCAUUGCAGCACCCGUAGGACAAUAUAUGUGUGUAUGUUUUGUUCCUAAUGGUAAACUAGUCGAUGUUGUGAAAUGGAAAAGAUCAUUGUAGUGCUUGAACAAGAUUAUAUCAUGUUUUACAAAAUGAAUAAGAUGCAGUUUCUUUACUGAAUCAUUUUGAUUAAACACAUCCUAAAUAGUCAA